CAGUCGAUGCAUAGUCAAUGCGAGGAACUCUAAUGUCGACCGACGUGGAUAAACGAGCAGCAAGUAGCUGGAAGACGUACGAAUUGAAUUCACGCGAGGCUAGGACAUCGGAUUCAUGGCUAGAAAACCUCGAUUACUCCACGGUAUCAUGUGACCCGCAGGAGAAUGAUAACGGUUGAGAGGCUGGUUUCACCGUGAGAAACGCUCUAAACGCGUUGCAGCUUCGAUCAGCUGUCAUCAGCAGACGAUACGCAGUAUCCGGUGGCAUUGCAAGGGUCAUGGAAUUGAGCGAAACUAGCGUGGAGAUCCGAGAUUGUUCAAUAGACCUUAUACCGGUUUACAUAAAGCAGGAAAACGAUGAACACGAGACAGACUUCAACGAUAUCGAGAUAAUCAACGCGGCGCAGAAUUUUUGUACCAUCGAGAUUAAGGAGAGCAAAGUCUGUACUGUAAUUAAUAAUAAACCGUCGAACAAUAAAGAUUGUAUAAUAGAAAACGAUUUGAAUAGUUCAAACUCUACGUUAAACGAACAUCAGGACGAGUCCUGCAGCAUUAAUGGGAUAUUAAACAGCUCCGUGUACUUACAGAAUUUAGACUACGAGAACAUAAACAUUGAAAUACAAAAACCAACGAAUCGAAUAACUGAGGUGUUCAUCGAUCAGAACGAACCGAAUAAUUACAGCGUUUCAACGGUGACUGUCCCCAGCGAACUCUUGAGAUUAAACCUUAACAUAAAAAAGGAAAAUGAACUGGACCAGGGAACUGUUUACGCCACGGAGUGGCUGUGCAACGUGGAGAACGCAGACCUAAAAAUCGUCAAGAAUCCCAAGAGUAAAGAAGAUCAGGAAUCUGAUAUAGUAACAUUAUUCAAACAGAAGGAUGAAGCACCAGAGAAGAAAGCUAAAUCGAGUAAAUCCGAAAGAUCAAAGAGGCAACUGAAGAGGAAUUCACUACAAGAUUACAAAGAAAAAUUAAGGCGAAAAGCUGAGUGUAUGAGAGAGAAAAGAAAGAAGCUUUACGAGCAGGAGAGCGAAGAGCAGAGGCAACAGAGAUUAGCAAAGGAGGCUGCGAAGAGGAGAGAAAUGAGGAUGUAUUACGAAACACCGGAGCAGAAACGGAAGAGAUUAGACGCGGAAGCUGCAAGGAAAAGAGAAUACAGGAUGUAUAACGAGACUCCUGAAGAUAGAAGAAAAAGGCUGGAUCGUGAAGCUGAAAGAAGAAGAAUGAAGAGGCUUUCGUUGUACGCCAGCGAGACUCCAGAGCAGAGGAGAGAGAGACUGAAUCGAGAGUCCGCGAAACGGAGAGAGGCUCGUUUGAAUCAGUACGCGAAGGAAACUCAGGAGGAGAGGAAGGAAAGAUUGAAGAGAGACGCGUUGAGAGUCAGGGAGAUGAGAUUCACCAGGUCUGCGAUUGAAACCGACGAAGAAAGGAAGCAAAGGUUGGUAAAAGACGCCCUUCGCAAGAGGGAGGUAAGGAUGCAUGGUCGACACUCGGUGAACAACAACUUCACCGAGCUACAGACCGUACGCAAUUUUGAGGAAUUGAACAAUGCGCAGAUAAAGGAGAAUCCUGAUAAUCAAUUGGGAGGGCAUUAUCUCAGCAACUGGAUGAUGUGGUUCCAAAACUCGCUCGCCCAACCGGUCGACGAACAAAUUACCAAACAGGCAGACGAGAACGCAACGUAAACGUGCAAUACAUUUUUCAUUCCUGUAUAUAAUGUGAAUAACGUGUACAUACUCUUCGAUAUUUAAGUAUCUGUUAAUCCUCCUCACGUAAACAGUUUCAUUUCGAACGUUUAUAGAGAAGUACUUUAAACAAUGUACAAAUUAACAUAAUUAUUGUAAUUAUUGUGUUAUUUAACUUAGAAAAGGGCGUUGGCUCAAAUUUCGAUGAUUGUAAAGAGAGACACAGUGCCUUUUUGUUCACUGGUUUACAAAA